AUGGAGAGUCUGCCUCUCUCGAAAGUGCACAUGCCGGGCGAUCAGGAAGUCCCGUCAUGGGACUUUGACCCUGCCAUCAGACUCCUGAAUAACCUUGCCUUCACCGACAGAGCAUCUGCAGUGAGCCACGGGCUUGUCAUCUACAGCAACAAAGAUGGAGGGACCGAUGAUACCUGCGGAGGAUCACUUGGGGACUUUUCUACUCUGUGGGAUUUCCUAGGGCGUCCCCAUGCCGCUGAUGAACAGCAAGCUGAGGAGCUGGUCAAAUAUGAGAUCAACGAUGAGCCCGUGGCAGAGGUCGACCUGAACCAGCUCAGCAAAGGUGUUCGGUGGCGGGACGAGGUGGAUGGCGCUGAUCUUGAAGACAACGUGGAACCUCCAAAUAACAAAGCCACUGCUGCGUACAUUCGCAACCAGAAGCGUGCUGCUAGAAGAGCCAGAGCCAAGGAGAGAGCUGAAAAGCUUGUCACCCAGGAGAAGCCCGUUUCCGACACCACAGACUGGGAAUCUGGAGAAGAACUCGAGGCUCUGCGCCGGUCCCCGGACCGCAGAGCUGUUAUUGACAGCAUUCUCGGUCGUAGUCGACCCGGCCUUCGCGAUAACAGCUCCCCUCCGACCUCUCCCUCACCCCCCAAAGCUGACAUCAAAACUCCCAAACGCGAAGCACCAAUUUCCAAUCCCUUUGUGUGGCCUACCACACCUGUCACUACGCCGUCAAAGCACACAGUCAUCACCCCUCGCGACGGACUGACCGUCAGAGCCAGGAAACAAACAUUAAUUACCGAAUUGAUGCGCCGACAUCCUGAAGAGCAAACCUAUCUGACGAAUGCCGGGCUCCUCGAACCUGCGUUUACCCCGCUGAAUACAUCUGACAUCGGCAUUCACGUCUUCGUUGACAUUUCGAACAUAUCGAUCGGGUUCCAUGAUUGCUUGAAACUAGCACGUGGUAUGUCCCGUGACAUCCGCCUCAAGCGUGUUCCUCUCUCGUUCCACAACCUCUCUCUUAUUCUCGAACGCGGUCGCCCAUGCGCCAAACGUGUCCUAGUUGGAUCCGACAAAUAUGCGGCAAUUCAACAGGCCAAGUCGAUCGGCUACGAAACCAACAUUCUCGAACGCGUGCACAAAGCCAAGGAGCUGACGCCGCGUCAAAAGAAAUACCAGGCUCGAUCUGGCGGCGAGACAAGUGGUUCUGAAACGAACAUAGGUCUGCCCCAGCACUCGGGUCCGGAGAAAUGGGUCGAACAGGCCGUGGACGAAAUUCUACACCUGAAGAUCCUCGAGUCGAUUAUUGACACCCAAAAACCCAGCACCAUUGUUCUUGCCACUGGCGACGCUGCCGAGGCCGAGUACUCGGGCGGGUUUCUGCGCAUGGUUGAACGUGCCUUGGAAAAGCAAUGGAGAGUCGAGCUGAUCAGCUUCAGGUUGAACACCAGCAAUUUGUACAAGAGACGAGAGUUCCGCAUGAGAUGGGGCCCCCUGUUUAAAAGCAUUGAGAUAGAUCCAUUUGUGGAGUUUUUGAUCGAUGAAGAGGAGAGCGAUGGUUAG